AAACGUUUCAUUAGUUUAUAGAAGCUACUAUCUACAAGCUGUCUAACUUUUGGAAGGAAUAUUCAAAUAUCUUAAAUAUGGGUGACUCAAAUAGAAGAGUAUUCCUAUACUUGGUUGGAUCCUUUAUGAUUGGUUUGUGUAUUUUCGAGGUAACAUGUGCUCCUAUGGAGAAAUCUGAGAAAGAACCUGGAGAAAGCAGUGGUACCAGUUCUGGAGAAAAUACCAAUACCUAUAGAAUUGCGGAAAUUUUCGAGUUAGCCAUGAAAGUGUUAGACGAAAACAAGAACCUAUUACUAAAGAAGAAAGAAAUCAAAGAACUGUUUGGCGAAGAUCUCAAAAUUUUGACGGAAUCUGAAGAAUUAAACUCAGAUCUAAGAAUGUACGCAGGGGGCCAAACCGCUAUCAGAUACUAUCUCAGACAUUUUCCCGACCACGCACCUCUUCUAGAUCUGGCCGUGGAAAAGUGGCGGAAAAUCGUAUCGGAUUCUUUCGAGAAAACUCAGAAAACUUCGAAAGAGAUCUAUGAAAGCUUCAUGAAUGCUAAACCGUCCCCAAAAUCUAUCAACGCUUAUACUGAAAUUGCAGAAGAGAUAGCUGAUGCUCAAGAUAGAAAAAUGUCAUUAGUUGAGAAAAACUAUUUUGCUAAAGGGAUUUUUGUUGAGUUGAGUGGUUUGUUUGAGAUACUCUACAAUUCUAACAUUGAGAAGGAAGUAUUCACAAAAAUAUCCUCUCUUUACAAGAAAGGGAUUUUCGAUGAUAUUUGUGAUUCGAUGCAGAAUGAAGAUUUAGAGUUUUUGUUUGCGCUGUCUUCACAAGGAAUUGAGUAAAUCUUGUAAUAUUUACACUCAGUUGCUCAAACGUCUGUUAAAUUUCAACCGUGAUUAAAUGCCACGAGAAUUAAUCAGAAAACCAUUCUUAUCAAAACCUUUUCUCUGUUGUUGAACACAGUUUUAAACAAAUCUUGUUAAAAGUCUGUUAAAUUUUAACUGUGAUUAAAUGCCAUGAGUACAAUAAGAGACAGUUCUUUCCAAAUAGUUAUCUCUGUGUUAUACCAUAGAGAAACAAUAGCUUAAGUAGAUAUCCCAUGGUAUAGGGCGUUUAUGUCGCAACUUUUACUGUUAUCUCAAGCUGAUAGUCCACCUAGUUCUUUCCCGUGAAGCUUUAUGACGCUGGUAGUCUCUCAUGUUGUGCCGUUCAUACACCCUUACCCGGUCAAAACAGUAGAAAUCUACAGUAAUCGGCUUGAGAUAACAGUAAAAGUUGCGACAUAAAUGCCCUAUACCAUGGGAUAUCUACCUAUGCUAUUGUUUGUCUAUGGUUAUACACAGUUUCAAAAAAUCUUGCUAGAAAGUCUGUCAAAUCUCAACUGUGAUUAAAUGCCAUGAAACCCUAUCAGAAACCGGGGUUACAAAUUAGUUUUCUCUGUGUUAAACACAGUUUCAAACAAAUCUUGACUUUUCAAGCAGUCGAACAUUGGUUCUCGUGGAAUUCAAUCGUGAUUAAAAUUGAAUAGGCUUUUGUGAAACUGGGCCUAAAAUAUUCAUAAUAUUGUUGUCGAAAAUCAAUUCGACUAAAGUGUAUGAUUAAAGAGUUUGAAUAAAA